AUCACCCGUGCCUACCGGGUCCCCGGUGGGUUCCAUGCCCGUUUCCGCGCUGUGUCGCGGACGUACGUCUACCGGCUAGCCGCGGGCGUCACUCAUCACUCCUGCACACCACUGACAGAUGCCAACCUCUGCUGGGGGCUACGCCACACGUGAGUUACCCUGGCAAUCGUGUGUGUGUGUGUGUGUGUGUGUCUCAGUAUGCAAACCACAUGUAGGGGGGAGACCCCAAAGCAAUUCCUUACAGAGCAGCUCAGGAAUCACACACACACACACACACACACACACACACACACACACACUAAGACAAUGGAGCAACACAUGAAUAAUGAAGACCAAUAACACACGUAGAGUGGAGCUAUCUGAGCUGACCCAGACAGACAAAUGAAGUGGAGCUAUCUGAGCUGACCCAGUCAGACAAAUGAACUGGAGCUAUCUGAGCUGACCCAGACAGACAAAUGAAGUGGAGCUAUCUGAGCUGACCCAGACAGACAAAUGAACUGGAGCUAUCUGAGCUGACCCAGACAGACAAAUGAACUGGAGCUAUCUGAGCUGACCCAGACAGACAAAUGAACUGGAGCUAUCUGAGCUGACCCAGACAGACAAAUGAAGUGGAGCUAUCUGAGCUGACCCAGACAGACAAAUGAACUGGAGCUAUCUGAGCUGACCCAGACAGACAAAUGAACUGGAGCUAUCUGAGCUGACCCAGACAGACAAAUGAACUGGAGCUAUCUGAGCUGACCCAGACAGAAAUGAAGGAAGUGGAGCUAUCUGAGCUGACCCAGACAGACAAAUGAAGUCAGGAUCGAGGGAGGAGGGAGAGAGAGAGGGAGAGGGGAGGGAGGAGGGAGAGACAGGAGGGAGGGAGGGGGAGAGAGGGAGAGGGAGAGAGAGGUGUUAGAUGGUGUUUUAGUGGUUUAUGUAACUGUGAUUGGGGAAAAUUGUAGCGUGUUGUGGUUUUCCCUCUUCUCAUCCCUGUCCUCUCCUGACCUCCCCCCCACCCCCCUCCCUCCCCCUCCUUCUCCUCCUCACCCUUUCCUCUCUCUCCGACCCUCACCCCCUCCCUCCCCUUCCUCUCCCUCCCCUUUCCUCUCCUCACUAGUUUGGGAAAGUAGGCCAAAAUAAGCUUCAGGCUUAUACAGAUGCAGAACAACACCCACGCAUAUUUCUGUCUCUUCUCCCCGUCUCUCUCGCUCUCCUUUUCCCUCUCUGACACAUUUCCACUCUUCAAUUCUCUCUGGUUCUUUCCACGACAAAAAAAAAAAAUAUUGGUCGACCAAGAGUCUUCUGUUCUUUUUUCGACCAAUCGUUUUAAUCAAAUCAACUAUAUGCACUGAGCUUGUCUGAUGCUUUAAGCACACGGUUUUAAUUAAAUAAUUAAGACGCACAAAUGACUAGAGGGAGCCCGACCAGCAAUUGAUUUGAUUUGAUUGUGCCGUUCCGGGCUCAGACAAAAAAAAAAAAGAAGACAGAACAGUGACUGUGUGACUAGCACCUGUUGUCUCUCUCUCCUCCCUGCUGCAGCGACCACCACAGAACAUCAACGUGUUUAUCGCGCUGUCCGUGGCCUGAAGCUGCCAACAUAACUAUAGCCAUUUCUGACUGGAAAGUUCCGUUACCGAAAUCUCUCAUUUGUUUAGGAAAAACAUUCCCUAUUCCCUCAACCCUUGCCCACUCGUGACACAUGUAUGCAUCGCAUGCACGUGACCAAAUACCUAUUCGCACGGACUUGUAUUACUAGAGAUCAUUGGUUAUGUAAUUUUUACUCCAGAAUGUCCGUUAUUCCAGAGGAUGAUUCGGACGGGAUUCGUUUUUUUUUUUCAAACUGCCUCCUGUAAUUAUUUUUUUAAAAUAAAUAAAUAUACAGUUAUGGCGGAAGCCUGGAGGUUUGUAUUCUAGCCGUGAAGGUACAGUAUUUCAACAUGUCCAGGUGAUGGGGGCCACACUGAUGACUCCAGCUUGGUUCCCAAGUUUCUAAACCAUACCAAACCAUAUUUCCUAUAGUGUCGCCAUAAUAUUUGAAUUGAGGAAGUGUGAUCAUAAUCAUUAGGAUAUUUUAGCGAUCCGCUGUACGUCCUAAAUGCCCCCCAGCCUUCAGAUGUGAGCUACAGUGGGGAAAAAAAGUAUUUAGUCAGCCACCAAUUGUGCAAGUUCUCCCACUUAAAAAGAUGAGAGAGGCCUGUAAUUUUCAUCAUAGGUACACGUCAACUAUGACAGACAAAAUGAGGGAAAAAAAUCCAGAAAAUCACAUUGUAGGAUUUUUUAUGAAUUUAUUUGCAAAUUAUGGUGGAAAAUAAGUAUUUGGUCAAUAACAAAAGUUUCUCAAUACUUUGUUAUAUACCCUUUGUUGGCAAUGACACAGGUCAAACGUUUUCUGUAAGUCUUCACAAAGUUUUCACACACUGUUGCUGGUAUUUUGGCCCAUUCCUCCAUGCAGAAUAUCCUCUAGAGCAGUGAUGUUUUGGGGCUGUCGCUGGGCAACACGGACUUUCAACUCCCUCCAAAGAUUAUCUAUGGGGUUGAGAUCUGGAGACUGGCUAGGCCACUCCAGGACCUUGAAAUGCUUCUUACGAAGCCACUCCUUCGUUGCCCGGGCGGUGUGUUUGGGAUCAUUGUCAUGCUGAAAGACCCAGCCACGUUUCAUCUUCAAUGCCCUUGCUGAUGGAAGGAGGUUUUCACUCAAAAUCUCACGAUACAUGGCCCCAUUCAUUCUUUCCUUUACACGGAUCAGUCAUCCUGGUCCCUUUGCAGAAAAACAGCCCCAAAGCAUGAUGCUUCCACCCCCAUGCUUCACAGUAGGUAUGAUGUUCUUUGGAUGCAACUCAGCAUUCUUUGUCCUCCAAACACGACAAGUUGAGUUUUUACCAAAAAGUUAUAUUUUGGUUUCAUCUGACCAUAUGACAUUCUCCCAAUCCUCUUCUGGAUCAUCCAAAUGCACUCUAGCAAACUUCAGACGGGCCUGGACAUGUACUGGCUUAAGCAGGGGGACACGUCUGGCACUGCAGGAUUUGAGUCCCUGGCGGCGUAGUGUGUUACUGAUGGUAGGCUUUGUUACUUUGGUCCCAGCUCUCUGCAGGUCAUUCACUAGGUCCCCCCGUGUGGUUCUGGGAUUUUUGCUCACCGUUCUUGUGAUCAUUUUGACCCCACGGGGUGAGAUCUUGCGUGGAGCCCCAGAUCGAGGGAGAUUAUCAGUGGUCUUGUAUGUCUUCCAUUUCCUAAUAAUUGCUCCCACAGUUGAUUUCUUCAAACCAAGCUGCUUACCUAUUGCAGAUUCAGUCUUCCCAGCCUGCUGCAGGUCUACAAUUUUGUUUCUGGUGUCCUUUGACAGCUCUUUGGUCUUGGCCAUAGUGGAGUUUGGAGUGUGACUGUUUGAGGUUGUGGACAGGUGUCUUUUAUACUGAUAACAAGUUCAAACAGGUGCCAUUAAUACAGGUAACUAGUGGAGGACAGAGGAGCCUCUUAAAGAAGAAGUUACAGGUCUGUGAGAGCCAGAAAUCUUGCUUGUUUGUAGGUGACCAAAUACUUAUUUUCCACCAUCAUUUGCAAAUAAAUUCAUUAAAAAUCCUACAAUGUGAUUUUCUGGAUUUUUUUUCCUCAAUUUGUCUGUCAUAGUUGACGUGUACCUAUGAUGAAAAUUACAGGCCUCUCUCAUCUUUUUAAGUGGGAGAACUUGCACAAUUGGUGGCUGACUAAAUACUUUUUUCCCCCCACUGUCAAUAGUACAAGUGCACUUGAGAUGCAUUUUAAGGCCAUGGAUGAGAAAGUUAAGUUAGCAUUUUCAAAACGUUUAGGUCAGUUGUAUGCUGCUGCUUUGUGAUCUAUUAACAGCAAGGGUUGCAUUAAAUAGGCUCGAUAUUUUUUUAUGAUGCAUUUGGCAAUAUUCAAUUCAUACGCACAAAACAUAUAAACAAAAGCAUUCACUGUGUUGCUAGGCUACAUGUAGGCCCUUUAUAUAUAGUUUAUGCGCAGCACUUAGUUAAAUUGAUCUAAUCAGUUAUUGUCUUCUUGCGCAAACCACAAGCAACACCUGGUCAAACUCAGACAUUUUUCUCAAAACACAUGGAUGCCGAUUCGCACGGAACUAGUUUUAUCAGAGGACCUUGGAGUUCGCCAAAAAAAACAGUAGGUUUUUCUGGCUGGAAUUGUUAUUCUCCUGCCAUGUAAAAAUUACUGCCACGGCAGAUUCGGAAGGGACUAAAAUGACAGAUCUGGUGUUUUGUGCUCGUGCACAUAAUUACAUUACCCCACAUCCCCCAGUAAAACUAAUCCCGUCCCAAUAGGGCCUGACCUAUAGCAUAUCAUAAUCACAUCAAUACAUUGUUUAUAACAAACACUGAACACUGUAACACACGUGACCAGCAAAAUGGAUGCAGAGGACGUGACUAAUAAACUCGAAACGGGGGAAUGUUUUCUGGUUGCUCAGGAGGGAAAGGGACCGUCAGAUGUGUGGGAUAAAUUUGACUAGUUGGAGAUCAAGAAAAAUAAGGUCAGGAGCAAGCGCUGCGUGCAUAUAAUGUGUGCCAAACAGGUGCUGUAUAGAUUACAAUGUACCUUUUUAUGACCGUUUGGAACAAUGUAAACAACAAUAUAAUGUAUUUAAGUGGAGCAGAGAGUCUGUUGUCCAAUUUGAUUUGUUUUUUUGUAAAACCUUUAUUACAGCAAAGACUAAAAACAGUCACAUUCAUUCGUGAUUUCUGAAAUGUAGCGGUUUAUUUAUCGUUUAAGCUAAUUAUUCAAGGCUCGUUUUUAUGUUAUUUUUAAACUAAAAUUGGAUUUCAAAUCGUGAAUGACUCGUAUGCUGUGUGAAGACAUGAACGAAUGAAUAAUUGAUUGAGACAGUAGCCUAUAUGCGUAUUGAAAUACAGUGCAUUCGGAAAGUAUUCAGACCCCUUGACCUUUUCCACAUUUUGUUACGUUACAGCCUUAUUCUAAUAUGGAUUAAAUAAAUAAAAAAUCUAAACAUAAUUCCCCAUAAUGACGAAGUGAAAACAGGUUUUUAGAAUUUUUUGCAAAUGUAUUAAAAAUAAAAAACAGAUGCCUUAUUUACGUAAGUAUUCAGAUCCUUUGCUAUCAUACUCGAAAUUGAGCUCAGGUGCAUCCUGUUUCCAUUGAUCAUCCUUGAGAUGUUUCUACAACUUGAUUGGAGUCCACCUGUGGUAAAUUCAAAUGAUUGGACAUGAUUUGGAAAGGCACACACCUGUCUAUAUAAGGUCCCACAGUUGACAGUGCAUGUCAGAGCAAAAACUAAGCCAUGAGGUCAAGGAAUUGUCCAUAGAGCUCCGAGACAGGAUUGUGUCAAGGCACAGAUCUGGGAAAGUGUACCAAAAAAUGUCUGCUGCAUUGAAGGUCCCCAAGAACACAGUGGCCUCCAUCAUUCUUAAAUGGAAGAAGUUUGAAACCACCAAGACUCUUCCUAGAGCUGGCCGCCCGGCCAAACUGAGCAAUCGGGGGAGAAGGGCCUUGGUCAGGCAGGUGACGAAGAACCCGAUGGUCACUGACAGAGCUCUAGAGUUCCUCUGUUGAGAUGGGAGAACCUUCCAUAAAGACAGCCAUCUCUGCAGCACUCCACCAAUCAGGCCUUUAUGGUAGUGUGGCCAGACGGAAGCCACUCCUCAGUAAAAGGCACAUGACAGCCCGCUUGGAGUUUGCCAAAAGUCACCUAAAGACUCUCUGACCAUGAGAAACAAGAUUCUCUGGUCUGAUGAAACCAAGAUUGAAUGCUUUGUCCUGAAUGCCAAGCGUCAUGUCUGGAAGAAACCUGGCACCAUCACUACGGUGAAGCAUGGUGGUUGCAGCAUCAUGCUGUGGGGAUGUUUUUCAGCGGCAGGGACUGGGAGACGAGUCAGGAUCGAGGUAAAGAUGAUCGGAGCAAAGUACAGAGAGAUACUUGAUGAAAACCUGCUCCAGAGCGCUCAGGACCUCAGACUGGGGCGAAGGUUCACCUUCCAACAGGACAACGACCCUAAGCACACAGCCAAGACAACGCAGGAGUGGCUUCGGGACAAGUCUCUGAAUGUCCUUGAGUGGCCCAGCCAGGGCCCGGACUUGAACCCGAUCAAACAUCUCUGGAGAGACCUGAAAAUAGCUGUGCAGCGACGCUCCCCAUCCAACCUGACAGAGCUUGAGAGGAUCUACAGAGAAGAAUUGGAGAAACUCCUCAAAUACAGGUGUGCCAAGCUUGUAGUGUCAUACUCAAGAAGACUCGAGCCUGUAAUCGCUGCCAAAGGUGCCUCAACAAAGUGCAGAUUAAAGGGUCUGAAUACUUAUGUAAAUGUGAUAUUUCCGUUUUUAAUGUAUUUUUAUAAAUUAGCAAAAAAAUCUAAAAAAUAUUUUUUUGCUUUGUCAUUAUGGGGUAUUGUGUGUAGAUUGAUGAGGGGGAAAAAAGAUCUAAUCAAUUUUAGAAUAAGCUUGUAACCUAACAAAAUGUGGAAAAAGUCAAGGGGUCUGAAUACUUUCCGAAGGCACUGUAUAAGCUUAAGCUUAAGUUACAGUAUUAAGACUAAACAGGAUGCGCUCUUCAGCUCGAUGGUUUACUAAUAAUAAAGACAUUACUUAUUAAUAUUAUGAUAACAAUAAGAAGGAGAUCUAGAAGAAGGAGCAUUAUUAUUAAUAUUGUAAAUAAUAUUUUUCUGACAAUUUGGAACCCUGUAAACAACCCUAAAAAUAUUAUAAAUAAUACCAGAGAGGUAUUUUCUAACGAGAACAAAAGUAUAAAGCCUUUAUUACAGCAAAGAUUAAAAACAGCCGAAUUUGUGAAAUUGUUUACUUGACAUGUUAUUGUGUGAGGCUUGGUGCUCGCGGAAUCAGUAGCAGGCAACAGAAGCAGGAUCUGUCUUAUUUCUGUAGAUAUAUUAUUGAUUUAUAAAGCCAGUCACAUUUAACAGUUAGGCUAUUGAUUAUAGAACCUAAUUAAGUUGGUUUUCUCUCCUCACUUUUCUUAGACAAUAAGGCGAGGGAUGUUUUCUCGUCUCUUCAUUCUGCUGCUGCCUCUGACAUUGUUCUCAACCACCAAUAUGCUGGUUAACUUUGCUAUUAUGCCCAUAGCAACAUGGUCUAGGAAAAGGCGCCAAUUCAACAGCACACUGAUGUGUUUCUGAACCGUGGACAGCGACCACUAUCCAACAUGUGAGAAAGCGCAUUUGUUAUAAAAUAAUAUACUUUUUAUUAGUGUUGCACCGUUGUUCUUAUGUAAUAUAACCAUAUACAAUUUCAGUAGCACAUGUCUUAGAGUGAUGGACUGUGCCAUCCCCACGGCCUCCACAAUGGAUCAGUCCACUCAGACAGGCCUCCACAAUGGAUCAGUCCACUCAGACAGGCCUCCACAAUGGAUCAGUCCACUCAGACAGGCCUCCACAAUGGAUCAGUCCACUCAGACAGGCCUCCACAAUGGAUCAGUCCACUCAGACAGGCCUCCACAAUGGAUCAGUCCACUGAGACAGGCCUCCACAAUGGAUCAGUCCACAGACAGGCCUCCACAAUGGAUCAGUCCACUCAGACAGGCCUCCACAAUGGAUCAGUCCACAGACAGGCCUCCACAAUGGAUCAGUCCACUCAGACAGGCCUCCACAAUGGAUCAGUCCACAGACAGGCCUCCACAAUGGAUCAGUCCACUCAGACAGGAGCCAAUCAGACAGGUGUCUUGUACACCAUGAUAUUAUUAUAUAUAUAUUUUUUUUGCUACUGCUCAACUAAAGAAAUCUCAGUCGACCAACAACCUAUCGACCAACCUAUCGACCAGUCGACUAAAUGGGGUCAGCCCUAGUACAACACCAGCUCCUAUUUUGACCUGUUACCUUUUGGACCCCUUUCAGUUGAUUUGAUUGAUAGUCACAUCACUCUUUUGGGAGCAACUCACCUGUCUCUCAGGUGUUAAGAACAGUCCAUUCAUUCCAAAUGUUCAGGAAUUAACAUACAUAUAACCCUUAACCUUUACCCUUUUAACAUAUGCCCUCUGCCCCCUGCCCUCUCUUCUGCCUGACAGUGAUCUGGACGUGGGUGCGAUGCGCGACGCUGCCGCCCUGCUGGUUGGUACCCAUAACUUCAGCUCCUUCAGAGCACUGAACUCUGAGACACCGUUUAAAGACCCGGUGAAGACCCUGGACAAGGCCAGUCUGGAUCUCGGAGAUGCCUUCGUACACAGACACUUCCACAGGUAACUCUAACCCCUGACCUCUGACCCUAAUUUGGAGCCUGGGGGAUGCGUUCGUACAAAGACAUUUCCACAGGUACCCUGACGAUAGCCCUUCAUGAAACAUCUCAUUCCAAAAUCCAACAUCUCAUUCCAGGACAGGGUAGGACAGGGUAGGACAGGACAGGACAGGGUAGGACAGGACAGGGUAAGACAGGACAGGACAGGACAGGGUAAGACAGGACAGGGUAGGACAGGACAGGCCAGGACAGGCCAGGACAGGCCAGGCCAGGACAGGCCAGGAGGAGAUUACACAAGGACCGGAGGAGUUCCAGAGGAGGGGAGCUUCUAGAAUGUCGUUGGAUGUUCUAGAUGAUUUUUUAAAACUAAAAUGUAAAUGUAAUCCAGAUGCAGUAUGUGAAACAGAUGAGAAAUAGUUUUGACAUAAAACCUCCUCUAAAUUGUAUUCCUGUUCCCAUUCAAUUUGUCAGUGUUCAGUUUGCCAGCGUCAACAUGUUAUAAAACACACACGUUAUGUUCUUCUAUCCUCUUGGGGACCUGCAAUUAAUGUUCUAUUUUCCCUAACCCUGAACCUAACCCUAACCAUAACCCUAACCCGUAACCCAAACCAUAAACCUAACUACUAGCAACACAUGACAACACAACAUGGUAUCAACACAACACGGUAGCAACACAACAUGGCAGCAGCACAACAUGGCAGCAGCACAAAACAUGGGACAAACAUUACUGGGCAACAGACAACAGCACAAAGGGCAAGAAGGUAGAGACAACAACACAUCAGGCGAAGCAGCCACAACUGGCAGUAAGAGUGUCCAUGAUUGAGUCUUUGAAUGAAGAGAUGGCGAUAAAACUGUCCAGUGUGAGUGUUUUUUGCAGCUCGUUCCAGUCGCUAGCUGUAGAGAACUGAAAAGAGGAGAUUUGGGGACCUUUAACAGAAUGUGACUGGCAGAACGGGUGUUGUAUGUGGAGGAUGAGGGCUGCAGUAGGUAUCUCAGAUAGGGGGGAGUGAGGCCUAAGAGGGUUUUGUAAAUAAGCUUCAACCAGUGGGUCUUGUGACGGGUAUACAGAGAUGACCAGUUUACAGAGGAGUAUAGAGUGCAGUGAUGUGUCCUGUAAGGAGCGUUGGUGGCAAAUCUGAUGGCCGAAUGGUAAAGAACAUCUAGCCGCUCGAGAGCACCCUUACCUGCCGAUCUAUAAAUUACGUCUCCGUGAUCUAGCAUGGGUAGGAUGGUCAUCUGAAUCAGGGUUAGUUUGGCAGCUGGGAUGGAAGAGGAGCGAUUACGAUAGAGGAAACCAAGUCUAUAUUUAACCUUAGCCUGCAGCUUUGAUAUGUGCUGAGAGAAGGCCAGUGGACCGUCUAGCCGUACUCCCAAGGACUCGUAUGAGGUGACUUCCUCAAGCUCUAAACCCUCAGAGGUAGUAAUCACACCGGUGGGGAGAGGGGCAUUCUUCUUACCAAACCACAUGACCUUUGUUUUUGGAGGUGUUCAGAACAAGGUUAAGGGCAGAGAAAGCUUGUUGGACACUAAGAAAGCUUUGUUGUAGAGCGUUUAACACAAAAUCCUGGGCGGGGCCAGCUGAGUAUAAGACUGUAUCAUCUGCAUAUAAAUGGAUGAGAGAGCUUCCUACUGCCUGAGCUGUGUUGUUGAUGUAAAUUAAAGAGAGUGUGGGGCCUAGGAUGGAGCCGUGGGGUACUCCCUUAACAAAACAAUUCUGAAUAACUCAACAUAACUCAAGAAGUCUGUAAGAAAUGUUGAGGUUUUGCGAAGGAGGUCUUAGUUGCGCAAUUGUACAUCUAGCUAAGGAGUUUAGUGGUUGAAGGAACGGUAUUUCUGACGUUUGAUAAUGUACACCAACACUUGUCCAUUAUAUCUCUAAGCCUGAGCCAGCCACUUCAUAUGAAACCAAAGAGAAGCUAACCAGCUUGUGCUAUAAUAAAUGCAAUGAUCCUUCAAUAAGGUAUCUACUGUAGUAACAUUAUUUUAUCUCAAAGAACGAGUUUUAAUGAAGCAGCAACUGCCUGUUCUGCCCCGAGUCAGAGCAGUACGGAGUCAGCUCAGCUGCUGUACGUAAACAGAGAUGCCCAAGACACGUGGGGGGAAGGUGUUGUGGGAGAUGAUUGGUUGGUAGAUUUAAGACGAUUAAGCCAAUGAGUAAUUAGUGAUGGGCGGGGGGGGGGGGGGGCUCGAUACAGUUGCAUAUCGGGAUAUUAUCUUUGACGAUAUAUCGUAAAUCGUUUUGACAAUAUCGCAAUAUUUAUUUUGCCCUAGUUCGCUGCACCUGCACCAAAACUCCAGUACUUACAUAGCUAUUUUCUCUAUUGUCCCUCUGCAGAAGACAUGUGGUGAGUAGUAUUGUAUCGCAAUACAUAUAGAAUCGUGAGUAUCGCAAUACAUAUCGUAUCGGCACUUAAGUAUCGUGAUAAAAUUGCAUUGUGAAGUCCCUGGCCCAAUUCCCAGCCCUGUGAGGAACGUGCCGGUGGAUUCUCCCAGCACUAUGCAUUCUAACGAAGGCCAAAUUCGACACGGUGUUCCGCGGGUGCAUGUGUUCCUUUCGGUGUUGGUCUGCAGGGAGAGAAGAAGGCAGCAGAGCCGAGUCACACACAGAGAGAGAGGAGGCUGACUGCUGACGUUUAUACUAAGUCAAAACAUGACUCACAGCAGCGAGCGGGAAGUGGAUCAGAUAAUGAAUGAAUGGGCGCCAUUACUACAUGCGCACGCACGCACGCACGCACGCACACACACACACACACACACACACACGCACACACGCACACGCACCACAUUUCUCUCCCUGGAGACUAACACUGGAAUACCACUGAAAUAGGUAUUUAGUCUAAACCCACCAUUUAGCCAUUUUUAGGAGCCCCAUGUCCUUGUGACCAUCAGAUCAGAUACAGCGCAUUGGGAAAUAUUCAGACCCCUUGACUUUUUCCACAUUUUGUUACGUUACAGCCUUAUUCUAAAAUGGAUUACCGGUAAAUCGUUUUUUUCCCUCAUCAAUCUACACAUAAUACCCCAUAAUGACAAAGCAAAAACAGGUUAUUAGAAAUGUGUGCAAAUUUAAAUGAAAAAAACAAAACUGAAAUACUACAUUUACAUAAGUAUUCAGACCCUUUACUCAGUAAUUUGUUGAAGCAACUUUGGCAGCGAUUACAGCCUCGAGUCUUCUUGGGUAUGACGCUACAAGCUUGGCACACCUGUAUUUGGGGAGUUUCUCACAUUCUUCUCUGCAGAUCCUCUCAAGCUCUGUCAGGUUGGAUGGGGAGCGUCGCUGCACAGCUAUUUUCAGGUCUCUCUAGAAAUGUUAGAUCGGGUUCAAGUCCGGGCUCUGGCUGGGCCACUCAAGGACAUUCAGAGACUUGUCCCGAAGCCACUCCUGCGUUGUCUUGGCUGUGUGCUUAGGGUCAUUGUCCUGUUUGAAGGUGAACCUUCGCCCCAGUCUGUGGUCCUGAGCGCUCUGGAGCAGGUUUUCAUCAAGGAUCUCUCUGUACUUUGCUCCGUUCAUCUUUCCCUCGAUCCUGACUAGUCUCCCAGUCCCUGCCGCUGAAAAACAUCCCCACAGUAUGAUGCUGCCACCACCAUGCUUCACCGUAGGGAUGGUGCCAGGUUUCCUCCAGAUGUGACGCUUGGCAUUCAGGUCAAGCGGGAAGCAGAUCAGAUAAUGAAUUAAUGGGUACCAUUUACUAAAUGUUCACACACAAACACACACACACACACCAUUUUUCUCUCCCUGGAGACUAACACUGGAAUACCACUGAAAUAGGUAAUUAGUCUAAACCCACCAUUUAGCCAUUUUUAGGAGUCCCGUGUCCAUCAGAUACAGUAUUACACCUGACAAUCAGUCCAGAGCAGAGAUUGUUGCUGUGAUGUUGACACAAUGUCUCAAGGCAAUUUUUACCUUACUGUGAUACAUAGGUUCUCAUACCUCCAGACUUGGAGGUGUGGUACGAUGAUGUCAUUGCUGGUGUUGUUUUACUGUCUGUUUGUCUCUGUCUGUCUGUCUCUCUGUUUGUCUGUCUGUCUCUGUCUGUCUCUGUCUGUCUCUCUGAUUGUGUCUGUCUGUCUGUCUCUCUGUUUGUCUCUGUCUCUCUGUCUCUGUCUGUCUCUGUUUGUGUCUGUCAGUCUGUCUCUGUCUGUCUCUGUUUGUCUCUGUCUGUCUCUCUCUGCAGUAUUUAAAUGUCUGUUUUUGUGUUCUGUUGUCCUCUUGCAGGGAUAUUCAGUUCUGGGAGCUUACCUUCAAAAGCAGAUCCUUCCUCUACAAACAGGUACGUUGUAUUCCAGCUUCACCGCCAGCCUGUGUGACUUGAGUGCUGAUUGCCAUCUGGUGGUGAAUGUUAGUGGUGUCGUUACCGUGGUAAAUAACACAUGAUUAUUGCGGAUCAGUGGUGCACGUAAACCCAGACAGUGUUACUCCUCUGCUUUAUUAAAGGUGCGUAGGAUGACGGGGGCUCUGGUGGCGGUUGGCCAGGGACAGAUGUCUGUCUCUGGGGUGAAAGAACUACUGGAGGCCCAGGACUCUCAGGCCUACCCACACAACCUCACAUCACCCCCAGAAGGACUCUUCCUCACCAGGGUGGAGUACCACCGCUCAGGUAACACUCACCUAACUUCCCAGGGUGGGUCUGAAAACGUUUAUUACUAG